ACUAGCCACCCCGUAGGUGAAUGAAUCGGUACACCGAUAAGAUAUUACUGGUGACAAGAGACACUUCAAUACUGCAUCGGGCAAUUAUCAAGGCGUGGGAAUUCCGCUCCUCAAAUUUAAGCUCGACGAGUCCUUGGGGAUACUCUGUCCAGCAACAUGUCGUGCACAUCCGGUGUUACCUUGCCAGAAUGGCUCGCCGCGGCGCGAUCAGAGACCUACCUAGAAAAAUCAUUUACUCUUCUGUGGAGCCGCGAACGGCAGCGCAAUAAUGUUCGUUUGACGUCUUUAUCUGACAACAGCAGAUCGACUUUCCGCGGGCUGCUGAGAGCGUCCUUGCCCCAUGGUACUGACGAACACUCCAAAUACUACUCAGUUGCGAUCGGAGGGAGCCUAGAGAAUCGGUGGGGAAAUCGUUACUCAAAUAUAGCGCCCUAUGACCGCACCCGCGUGGUUGUGGGGAAACAAGGUGGAUGCACAUGCGGAAGUAAUGAGGGAGAGGGGAAUGGACGUUACUUCAAUGCCAGUUGGGUGAGGGAGUUAUAUGGGAGGAAGCUCUGGAUCGCAACACAAGCUCCGCUGCCCGAAACGGCUCACACUUUCCUCAGCGUUAUCGCGCAGCCUAUCAUGGCAUCACCACCCUCGUCAGGUCUCAAUAUCCCCUCCGGAAGUAGGGUUCGUACGGUUGUGCAGCUUACACUCAAUCACGAAAGCGGUCGGACCAAGGCACACUUGUACUUCCCUAAUACCGUAGGGGCGACGAUGAUGGUAGAGCCGGAACGAGGUUGCGACGCCCCUCCUUUCAGAGUGACCUUAUUGGAACAAACGAUUAUCAACGAAGCUUGUUGCCUGAAAAGUAAAGUCGCUUUUGUUCCAGACGUCAAGAAUCCGGGCAAGGCUGUGGUCUUCACCCAUUUGUUGUACGCGGCUUGGCCUGACCACGGAGUUCCUGCAGAAGAAGACCAUGCUUCUCUACUUUCUUUCGUUCGUCUCGUUGAUAGAGUCAAUAAAGAGGCCACCCAAGGCAGCUCCAACGACGAUCUUGAUCCUCCUUCCAUGGUGAACUGCUCUGCAGGGAUCGGGAGGACGGGAACGUUCAUCGCUCUGUCCUCCCUACUUCGCGCUUUUGGCCUCCUUUCCUCUUCCACUGUCCCUUCGUCUUCUUGCAAGGGGACUGUUGCUAUCAGUGCCCCGUAUUCACCGUUGGGCCCUCUGCCCGACGAGUUUCAGAAUGAUCCCGUUGUUAAGGAGAUCGAUAGUUUACGGGAGCAAAGGCCGAACAUGGUGGAGAGGAUUGGACAGGCAGGUUUGAUUUACAGCAUUCUUGAGUUGGCGUUUUCCGAGAAAAGGUAGUACGUUCAUGGUGUUUCAGUUGGUCUACAAAUUGCAGAGCACUUCAGGGAGGUUCAUUAGUUUAUGGCUACUAAUGGGUCUGACGGACGCACAUUUUCCUGGCUUCCUUGCAGUCCUUAUGGAAAAUGUGCUUGGACGAGAUUGGAAUGUCUUCAGAAACCCAUAAGUGUGUCCAGAGGAUGCACCGCCAAUAUGUCAUCUGCAACGUGAAACAGUUCGGAAGGCCCGAGUCCCCAGCCACCUGUUAUACAUGUGUGCGGCCGCCGCGA